UUUUUCUAAUGGUAAUGUGAAAAGUCAUCAAAUUUUAUGAUGAAAAAACUACAUUUCAGGGAUUUUCAGUGCUCUUAAUUCAUUUUUGACCCUGAGACCGACAGGAGGGUUAUAAGACAACAAGUUGGAGAUGGUCAUAAAUAGAUUUGCAAGGCUCUGAAUGUUCCUAGAUGUCCAUUGUACGGCACAACCCAAACACUUGCAAGACCAGGCUGUCCUAUCAGACUGAUGAACCGGACAAGAGGGGCAGUUGCUAGUGACUCAUUGAAGUGUCUGAGAGGCCGGUUACAGCACUGACAGAGUUGCAGAGCUCAUUGGCUGAAAUGGGAGAAACUGCCCAAAGAUCAGCAGUGUCUUCAGUACAUCAGAUUUAGCCUCUUUGGGAGAGAGGGAAGCCACUUCUGAAAAAAGACCAGCGUUAAGUCACCCCUGGAGUUUGCCAGAAUUCAUGUUACAGGCUCUGCGACCAUCUAGAAGAAGAUCUUGUGGUCUGAUGAGACUACAGUGGAACUAUUUAGUUUGGAAGCAGAGUACACUGUUUGGUAUUGAGCAGAAGGGACUGGGAACCUUGUUGCCUUCAAGAGCAAGAUGGAGGAACAAAAUGCAUACUGUAGAAUCCCUUGCCGAUGACCUGUUUCAGUCCACUAGAGUUUGCAGUUCAUUCACAAACUACAAAGGCAUAGCUUAAAAACAAGGUCAGCAUUCUGGAAUGACUCAGCCAAGACCCAGACUUAUAUCCCAUUGAAAAUAUGUGGCUUGACCUGGAAAUUGCUGUCUGCUGAUGCUCUCAGUUUAACUUGGCAAUGCUUGAGCAAAUUUGCAUGGAGGAACAGGCAAAAAUUCCAGAAUCUAAAUAGCUCAUACAGACAUACCCGAGAUGAUUCUGUAACUGUAACUGCUGCCAAUGGCCUGUAUAAAAAAUAUCAACUCUGAGGGAUGGUGAAUAUUUGUAAAUGACAAAUCUUUGGAAAGAUGUUUUUUUUGCACCAUACAUUUGUUGAAUUUGUUAUGUUGGUGAGGUGGAAAAGUAUAUUUGAAUGCAUUAAAAUGUUAAGGUGUAAUUAGGAAAAUGUGAAAUAGUUUGCAGCUUUGUUUGCCAGGCAACGCCUUACUUCCAGCCCAUGUGCAGCAUUUGGGUUCAGUGUCAGCAGAAUACUGCUACGCUGUGUUCUUGGUUUCAGCUCAAAUGAGCAAACUCUUAAGCGGCGUAGACUGAACAAAAACAGUGUGGGAAACGGAGAUGUCCGAAUAUGCUUAUCUGGCUUCUCACUCAAGGUCAAAACAAAGCAGGUGUUCACAAGUUCAGGAAAAAAAUGUCUUUUCCUCCCAUAAUUCACAUCUUUAUCUGCUCAGCUGGAGAAGGCCUUGAAAGUUUACCAAGAUGCUUUGAGUUUUUUUUUUUUUUUUUUUUUGGUACAUGGCAAGGUUUGACGCAGACAUCAAAUGACGAGCCUUCCCUAAGGUUUACUGUCAUUUGAAAAUGUAAAUGCAUUGUGGAAUUGGCUGCCUCCUGCCACUACCAGACACUAAAUAAUUUGGUAAGGUAAACACUCAAGAACAUUAGUUUCAAGUCCUGUUAGGCUCACUUCAAAUGAGGGUGGAGGAGCACGGUGGUUCUGUCUUUUUGUGUUGUGCUAUUAUAAUUAACACUAAUGCUACUGUAUCCUGGAAUUAUGUUCUUCAGGAUGUCCUACACCGUUGGCUCUCCAGCAGUCUUAAUAUCUCACAUUGACACCACCGCAGAUAAACAGCACAGUUCACUUUAUGAAUUCUGUGAAAUGCCAACUGGGGUUUGUUGCUUCCUCUGUAGACAAAAUGGCUCUCCCUGAAACAAGGCGCUUUGGAAAAUAAGCAGUUUUGCUUGUGGGCCUAAACCUCCGAGGGCUUUUCCUUCGUGCUUACCAGUGAGAUUUUCCUUUUGGAUUUUACCUGUUAUUAUACAUCACAGGAAAAGCCCCAGUUCUGCAUUUCUGUCAAAAGUUUAUUUAUUUUUUUCAACGGGGCUUUCUCUGUUCCAUUUCUCAGUUCAAAUAAUGCCAAAGUGCAUGUUUUUGAGUGGACGCUUCAAAUGAAUUAAUGAUUUCAUCUCUGUCAGCAGUUACGGCCCGACUGAAGGAUUACCGGCUGGUUUUGGAAUGAAACACACUCCCAAACUUGAGGGACUUUUAGCUGAGUCACAUCCACAGCUACCCUUGAAAUUGGUGACCCUAAAUAUAAAGUAAAUAAACUCGUUUGGAAGCCGACUUGAAUGGCCUCGUCUUAAGGGCAGUUGGAAUUGGUCAUCAAAGUCGGGCUUUGAAGUUGCGAGUGAUUCAGAGCUGUGAUCGUGCCGAGGCUUGUGAAGGGGAAUUGUUGGCUGGUUGUGUGCGUCUGUGUUCGAACCUCCCCCUUCUGAAGUCUGGGAAUGGGGCUGGUCUCAGGCUUUCUCAGAAGGCCUGUUACUGAGAGCUAUGUGCGCUAACAGGUGUGGCCUGGGGUAGGCCUCCCUCUGCCUCGACUGGCACGAUCCUUCAGAAAUUUUAGGGCUUUUUAAUGAAUAACAUCCUGGUUACUGGGAAUAUGUGUCCAUUUAGAUCCCUUAGGGCGAUAUGUGGUGUGGUGGUUAGAGCUCCAGACUCAAAGCUCAUGGUCAUGGGGUCAGAACCAACGUCACCCCUUCACACGACAUGCGUCACCUCUGUUCCUCCAGUAUGCAGCUGUAAGUUGCAGUAGAUAAGGGUGUCCACUAAGACAUAAUCACCAAUGCCAUAUAAUUUGUUUAAACAUGAGUUCAGGUGCAUUAAGGCUCACUUAGGCCAAUAUUCAUUUUAAUGCCAUCGAACCAGGUUUUUCUACCUCUGCAGGGCCUUGCAAAUUGCCCUCCAAUUUUCUAGCGCUUAAGGUCUACCCUUUACAAGUGCCUUGCCUUAUUCUUCCAGAUGUGCGGCUUGUCUUUCUUGUGAAGGCUCUUCCUGUCAGUUUGGGAUUAGCCGUGUUCAUUACAGGGGUUGAGGUCGGGGACGGCACUUCAAACUGUCCCAUGCAGCACAGCGCCUAUGUAGUAUUUCUGGCAGCUCCAGUGUUUUUCUUGCUUUCUGGUGCGUCUCAUUUUUUUUCUUCUUUUCCGUUAGCCCGAGGGCACCUUUCUUUCUGAAAGAAUGCCAUUUAUAUAACUACUUAUUCUGUUGCCACUCCCUCGUUGGCUUUGUAGAAGAUGAGAGGACAUAGUUCCUAAAUCCAGUGAAUGCAGUUUUUGUGUUUGCAUGCAUUCUUGAAUUUUGUCUCAUUCAUGAGGUACAGUCAAACAGAAAUGGUUCCCUUUCCUGUCUUCCCAUGAACCCUUUGUAGCCUUGAGAACUGCUCUUCAAAGACCAGAGCUUGUAAGCGAAGGCCUCAAGAUGGUCUACUGUGAAACUGUGUUGUUUAAAUAAAAUAGGAGAGACUGACACAUAACCACAUGUCAGUCUCAUCUUAUUCUGCCGUUGGUUAACUGGCCCAAGCGGCAAAAUAAAUUAGCCGCAGGGCUACUGUGAGUGGACGACCACUGUUUCCAUGGAGAUCACCUCAGACAUCAAUGGCUCUGAACUUUCACUUCUGUCGUCUCACAGGAAACAUACAAGUACUUUUUUGUACAUGACAAACAUCUCUUCCGUUGCAGGUGCAAGGCAUAUUAUGGUGGCUUCUAUUUUUAGUUGGUCUGUGAUCUUUUUCAUAUCACCCCCCCCCCCCCCAAAAAAAGAAAAAGAAAAUUGUUGCUUGGACUUGCACAAACAUACAUGUUUUUAUUAAUUUCCGUACAGUUAUGGACAGUUCAGAGGAGCUGUGUACUAGUUCCAUCUUAAAAUCCGCAGACAGAAGAUCUUGAAGACAGAGCCAGCUCUGGGUCUUGGGGAAACGGAAGCCGCACUUCAAAGAACUACGUGGACGGCUCUCAGUACUCCCACAUGACAAACCGGGACUUGGGAUCACAUGACAAUAUCUCCCCUCCCUACGUCAACUCCAGGCUAGCAGGUAAAGCUGAGAGAGCAUCCUAUGCCUACGGAAGGGAGUCCAGCUUACACGGGUGUCAUCAGCCGAGCCUCCUGGGGGGGGAGAUGGGCAUGGGCAGCCCGGGCGCCGUGUCACCCACCAAGCCGGGGUCACAGUACUACCAGCACUACAGCAACAACCCGCGACGGAGACCGAUGCACAGCGACGCCAUGGAAGUCCAGACAAAGAAAGUUCGGAAGGUUCCCCCUGGUUUGCCUUCCUCAGUAUACGCCCCGUCUGCUAGCACUGCUGACUACAAUCGAGACUCGCCGGGGUACCCCUCCUCUAAGCCCCCCAGCAGCACCUUCCCCAGUUCCUUCUUCAUGCCAGACGGCCACCACAGCGCCGACCCAUGGAGCUCCUCCAGCGGGAUGAACCAGCCGGGCUACAGCGGCAUGCUGGGAAACUCCUCGCACGGCCCCCAGAGCAGCAGCUACUGCGGCCUGCAUCCACACGAGAGGCUUAGUUACCCAUCACACUCCUCGGCAGACAUCAAUUCCAGUCUUCCUCCGAUGUCCAGUUUUCACCGCAGCGGGACCAAUCACUACAGCACCGCGUCCUGCUCGGCCACCACCAACGGAACAGACAGCGUCAUGGUGAACAGGGCGGCGAGCGGCGCGGGGAGCAGCUCUCAGACUGGCGACGCCCUGGGCAAGGCCCUGGCAUCGAUCUAUUCUCCCGAUCACACGAACAACAGCUUCUCGUCCAACCCGUCGACCCCCGUCGGAUCGCCCCCCUCGCUGACAGCGGCGAGCACGGCGGUGUGGUCCCGGAACGGAGGACAAGGGCCGUCCUCGCCCAACUACGAGGCCCCGCUGCACUCCCUGCAAAGCCGCAUCGAGGACCGCCUGGAGCGGCUGGACGACGCCAUCCACGUGCUGCGGAGCCACGCCGUGGGGCCCUCCACCGGCAUGCCCAGCGGGCACAGCGACAUGCACAGCAUCAUCGGGGCAUCGCACAACGGCGCCAUGGGAGGCCUCAGCUCCGGCUACGGCACCGGGCUGCUCUCCGCCAACAGACACUCCAUCAUGGUGGGCGCGCACCGCGAGGACGGCGUGGGUUUGAGAGGCAGCCACCCGAUCGUGCCCAACCAAGUGCCAGUCCCCCAGCUGCCCGUGCAGUCCGCCACAUCGCCAGACCUGAGCCAGCCGCCAGACCCGUACCGGGCUCUCUCCAGCGGCCUGCAGGGCCAGAGCACCUCGUCGGUCAGCUCCGAGAUCAAGUCGGAGGACGAGGGGGACGAGAACCUGCAGGACGCCAAGUCCCUGGAGAACAAGAAGGACGACAACGACAGCAAGGACCUCAAGUCAAUUGAUAGGUCGAGAUCUAGCAAUAACGACGACGAGGACCUGUCCCCGGAGCAGAAGAUCGAGCGGGAGAAGGAGCGCAGGAUGGCCAACAACGCCCGGGAGCGGCUGCGCGUUCGCGACAUCAACGAGGCCUUCAAGGAGCUGGGCCGCAUGGUGCAGCUGCACCUGAAGAGCGACAAGCCGCAGACCAAGCUGCUGAUCCUGCACCAGGCCGUGGCCGUCAUCCUCAGCCUGGAGCAGCAGGUCCGAGAGAGGAACCUGAACCCCAAGGCCGCCUGCCUAAAGCGACGGGAGGAGGAGAAGGUGUCGACGGACGGGCCACCCCUGUCCCUGGCCGGAUCACACCACAGCAUGGGCGACGGCAAUCCAAUGGGACAAAUGUCCAAGUUGCCAGAGUUCAUCAAAAUGAUGAGCGACCACUUCCUUUGACAACGUUAUCCUUUCCCCACAAACCAAUCAAACAAUCAAUCAAUCAAUUAAUCAAUCAAUCAAUCAACCAACCAUUUGACCCAUUUUAUCUCCUCCCCCUCCCUUUCUUGUGUAGAUGUAACUGCAGAUGUACAGUGGCUAAAGGAACAGACACAAGAGUUUUUUAACCCUUUUUUUCCUGCAUUCCCGUAAAAAAAAAAGAAAGAAAAAAUGUGCAACUUGAUGGACGACUCUCCAAACAUAUCAUUAGGAAUGUUGUAAAAACGAUGCAGAGCUGUUAAGAGCAGCCCUAUUGAGUGGCAAUCUUCUCCACACUGUGGAACACUUGCAGUCGUGCCUGAACUCCUCUUGGAAGUAUAAAUGAAUAAAACUAUAUAUACACAGUAUAUGUAAUCAACCUGUAGGUCUUCAGGGGAGGGGGAUUUAAAAAAAAAAAAGGAUGAUUUCGACUUUCAUGAAAUUGUAAACCUUGCAAUAAUGAAAAAGUGUACUUCUAAACAGAACAGACGAUUUUAAGAUAACAUUUUGUUGGGGUUCAUAGUUGGUUAGUGUGGCUGUGUAUUGGAGAAGAGAAGCGCUGUUGCCCCGUUAGCAAAUUUAAACCAGCAGAUGUCCCAGAGUUGAUUUUACUGGGCGUACCUUUUGGGGGGGCAGAGCAGCCGAGUCUUUUCAGCCAUAGGGGAGGCCGGCAGCGAUGGCAUGGAAGCCAGUUUCAGUCAGGAGGACGCCGAGUGGCUAGGAAGGGGACAGGCUCAAGCUGAGAGGCGGGCAGACGCAGUUCGGCUAGUCGGGCGGCGGUGGCGGAAACGCGGGCGUCGCUGAUCGCGCAGACGCCACAUUUUCCCCUAGCGAUCACGCCACGCCACGCCCACGCCACUGAUAAAAUGCAGCUGAGACCUAGCCGUCCAUCACUUUGCUUUUUCGGUCUUACCCAGGUCCUGUCACCCAACCCCACCCCCCACCCCCCCUUUCUGUCCUUAAACCCCGCCCUCUCUUUGCCCCUAAAACCCUGCCCUCAAUCCCCAGAGAUGCAAUUUCAACAUGCUACACUUGUACCAAUGUGCCUUUUAGAGUUCAUAUCAUUAAAAAUGUGCGGAGGACAUUAUUGGAACUUUUUAGGAUGCAAGCUUAGGGAAUCGUUAGUCAUUAGGUCUAUGCAGUCAGGUUUUUUAUGGCCUGGAAUUUAAAAAAAGUAAAAAGGAAAAAAAAGUAUUUUUUGGAUAAACUGUAUUUAAUGUACUGUAUGCUUAUAUGUAAUUAGAAGGCGUGUCACUGAACGAUCCUGUUUUGAGUAAGUUUCGCCCCCACCCUGCCCCCUUCCCCUUUGCCCUCAAAAGUUGCAGCCUGUUUCCAUAGCGAGCAACAUGUCCGUUACUGAGCGUUGUAUUAUAGCUAUCGGCUUUUUAUGAAUAUUGGCUUUUCCGUGAGCCACUGUAGUCUUCAGUACAAGUGUGUGGUUGUAUGUGUAAAGCGGAUUUUUUUCUCUUUUGUAUGUUUCUCUUAUUCUUUGUCUGUUCUGGUUUCUCUGUCAAAAACCCGAACCACGGACCGCUGCGGGAGAUGCAACAGCGAGCUUUUUACGUGGUUUAACUUAUCCAAUCAACACAAGGCACUGAAACUGGAAAAGAAUAUAUAAGAAAAUCAAUAUAUAUAAAUGUAUAAAUAUAUACGAUAUAUAAGGAUGGUGCCAUUUUCAAAGGAGAGAUUGUUUGAGGGAAGAAUUAUUUUCUCAAGGCCUGGCAGAAACACAAAAGGCACUCCAGUGUUACUUUUCAAGAGACAUGGCUUUUAAUGACCCUUGAUGUGCCAUGACAUCACAUCGUACGGCAUCCGCCACAGGACAAAAGGGACCGGAGUUCCAUCUGCUCCACUCACUGCUAAUCAGCUGUUAAGGAAACACAGACAUUUGUAAAUUGUAUGCAACAAAUGCAAACUUACCAUUAUUUUGAAAUUGUGUAUGUAAAAGUUAUAUUUUUACAUGUAGACUGUUGUUAUUUUGUGUUUAGAACUACGUUGUACCAGUUUUUGUUGAAAGACAAAAAAAUAAUUCAGUGUGUGUUGAAAAUGUGUCACAUUGAAAUGUAGUGAGGUCAAAAGCUUCAAAAAUCAAUUCUUUUUUUAAAUGUUAUGUUUAUAUUUCUGGGAACAUUUUUUGGGGGGAGGGGGUUGUAAAACAGAACAAAAUAAGGUAUAUAAGAUUUGUCUCAUGCUCCAUGCUCAUUACAUUGCCAUUUUUAAUUGUAUUUUUGGAGGAAAUAUGUAAAUAGUCAUAACACAAAGGGUUCAUGUGAUUUUGGCUGGGUGAUGACUUGCUGACAGUCGAGCGAUGAGGAUGGAUCAAUUGUAUUCUUGCCACUUUAUCCCACUGGUCAUUGUAGCAUGGUGCCAAAAUCAGUGCUCAAAGGCAUUCAUUUGUGUUUUAAAGCUCAGAACUCAGCUCACAAAAACCGCUGCACUGCCCACUUUGUUGAGUGACUGAACUGACUGACUUUGUUGCUGCGUUAAUUCCAGAUGGUUCUGAAGCGAAGAUGCAAUUUUAAUCCAAGGGAAUAAUGAACUACAGAAGAGAUGCUUUGUAUUUCAUUCAAUCAACCCCUAAUUCUGAAGAAUUUGAAUGGAGAAUGUCCAGAAGACCGUUCUGUUGGUCUUUCCAGAGUACAAUAAAACGAAAAACAGGUGUUUCAAAGUUUGGGGUUUUCUGUGCGAAUGACAGCAUUUGUUUCCUUCACCAGAGUCUCAACAUCUGGCUCGCUUUCUUUUGUCUCAAAUCAAAGGUUAGGUCCUGAGCCUCAAAGUAUUUAACAAUUAUUGUGUACUCUUAUAUUGCAGUGAUUUUGAUUAUGGUAACCAAUGGUUUUGCUUAUUUUAAUAUGUAUUCCAGUGGGAGCAAAACCAGGUUCCGAUUUCCAUAAAGGGUUUGCAAUGGGAAAUGUCUGUUCCUUUUAUUUUAUUUUAUUUUUAUUUUUGUUUUUGCUUUUGUGUUUUAUAUGUCAGAAACAAGCAUUCCGGCAACACAAGACACACCACAAAUACAGCUGAUAUUUGGUAAUUUGGCAAAGCAUUUUUCAGUACACAAAGAAUGAAAAAAUCUGCAUUUAAUAUGAAUGGUUUUAGCUGCACACUAGUUAGUUGCUCAUGUGAUUCUAGUUUUGUAAGUAUUUAGAUUGCGUAUGUGAGAGACUAUGUACUGAACAAUCAUGGGGCCUGGCUUGCCUUUUAACAGUGGCUACAGUUGUAAGACAGGUUAAGAUUAAUCAUUUGCACCCACUGCCAAAUAAAACUAAAGGAAAAAAGGAAAACAUGUCCUGCCAAUGUCACCACGACUGUCAAUGUAAUGGGAGCCACUUUGAUCUUUGAUUUCGACUUGCAAUCUGACUCGGCAUGGCAAAGAUAAACACGUGAGCUAUUAUUUGAGAAUAUUAAUUGAUCCAUCUCCAUUUCUCUAACAGUAUUGAUGCUUAAAAGUUUGGGGAUGGAAAAUAUGGGUUCCAUUUGCCAUGUCUGUAGCUAAAAUGAACAUUGAAAAGCAACUCUGGUCAAAAUAAAUGAUUUGAUAUGUUUGGUGAUGUGCAUAUGAUGAGCUAUACCUGUGUGCUGGAAAGUAAAUGAAUAAAGAUAGUGCUACUUUACUUUGGAAGUAAAAUACAGUGUAGGGAACAAACAAACAAAAAAAAAACUAUGGCCCAAGUGUGGUUAGAGAGAUAUGAUACGAUAACACCAAGAGCUCCAAUACAGACUGUUUUUCUGCCACACAUGCAUGUCUUCAUGCUUAUCCACAUACACCAUCAACUGUCAAAUUAUUGAUUUACACCACAGUUCUUAUUCGAAGCCAGUAAAUUGUCAAUCAAGUGAGGGAUGCAACUUGUUCCAAUCCAGUCUUCCGCAUUGUUUUAAUUGUUCCCUGGCCUGGUUUUGGUUCGUUCUUUCCUUCCAUUACCUAAGUGGCAUUGGAGAGAUCUGGAAAAUGGGGAGACCCAUUUUUAUCUUUAGAGGAUUUGCAGCGAUGGGCAGAACAAACAAAAUGAAAAAAAUGAAAGGAAGCUGAUCACCUGUCUCCAUCCAAAAUGAAUCAUGAACAAGCACAAAGUGUAUACAACUAACUGACUGGAAAAUAUAAAGUAAUAUAUAUGUACAAAUUGCAAAGUAUAAUAGAAAUAAAGAGAAGGCACCAUGGCUUCUAGGCCUACCUGUUUUAUUUGGGUAGCCAUUUUUCUUUCUUAUGUAUUUUAAUUCAUCUGUGUGCAGUGCUGGUUUAAACAUGUUCAUUUCAGAGUAUUAUAGACAUAUGUAAUGGUGAAAAUAUAUGAACUGUGGCCUUUUUCAUUCUUCUUGUUACUUGUGAUGCAAUUAAGUGAAGAAAAAAAAUAAGCAGAGAAUUACCAUGUAUCAGUGCCUGGCUUUUUGUUAUAAAGCUUCCUUUGUCUAGUGCUCUUUUGCUAUGAAAUAGACUAGUGCACCCUAUUAUAGAAAAAAAAACCUAAAUUUAAAACAAAAUAUAUUUGGCUUAUUUUUUGCAGGGGCAAUCCUUUUAUACCAGGAAUAUUGAAGAAAUAAUAAGAAAAAAAUUAAUAAUAAAAACGUCAGAUUCUGAAUAUUCCACUUUGUAGAUUUUUGGAAUCAUUCAAAGUAAAAGUUUGUUACUUUAUUUUACUAUUUAAAGAUGUUAUUUUACCAUGUGUUACUGAGACGAAACUGUACGGUGUUUUCCGUGAUGGGCCGCAGCCUGCCGUGGGUGGUCUCAUCCGUACCUGCAGCAGUGAUUUAAACUAAAUAAAUAACAGUUACACUUUCUUUCCAAUGUGUGGCUGAGUGCCUCAAACUUUUUUUCAUGUAUUUUGGUGUUUUUUUUUUUUUUGUUUGUUUUUGUUUUGUUUUUUUAUUUUGGUUUUUUUGUUGUUUUGGUUUUUUUUUUUUUUUUACUUUUUUCUUAAUUAUUGUUUUAUUUCUGUUGUAUUUUUACUUUAUGUUAUGAUGAUUAUUGUUGUUAUUAUUAUUACUUUUUCAGAUUAGUAGAAGUGUCCAAACAGGUUGUGUGCUGGAGUGUCUCUUCAGGCCAGCUCAUUGUAGGCCAUUGCCUGUUGUUUUUCAUCUGUAGUUAUUCAAUGAAGUCAUGUACAUGACCGUUCUGUAGCAAUAAAUGUGCCAUUUUUAUAACCUA